UAAAUUUAUACGUUGUUGUUACAUAAUCCAAACAAAAAUGAAUCAGUUUCUCCACAUACAGUGAGGUAAUAAUGUGCAAGUUAACCUCCAAGCCAUAAAAAUAUAUGAACAAAGUACAAAACAGAUGUGAUACAUUUCUUGUAUAAAAUUGGUAUUUUAGUAUACUCAUUUAAUAGAAUAAAUGAAAAAUGUCUCGUGGCCAAGACAUUUUAGCAAUACUAAAGAGCUUACAAAGCAUAGCGGAGGCGGGUCUUAAAUUGAACGAGUCGGAGCUGAAAGUAAUUUGGAAGAAUUCAAGUUUUAAAUCUGCAUGCCAGGAAUUACCUCAGAAAUUAAAACCAGACGAAAACAUAACAAACAUUAACGAGCUACUUAAAAUUAUUAACGAUGGCACUGGGCGACUCUCCACUGUUUUCACCGGCGUCAGCCAAUUUGCUAGAUACAAACCUAACGAAGGUUCUAAUACAAAAGAUAAUCAGACAAAACCACCACCAUCAAGUCAUCCACCGCCACCAUCAAGUCAUCCGCCACCACCGUCAAAUAAAUCUCCGCCACCUACAUCAAGUAGCAAAGAUUCGAGAGAGACACCAAAUCCGUUUAAAAUUCAUUUAACUGAUAGCGAUAAAGAACUUUUAAAGAAAUUGGAUCGCGAGCAUAGAGAAAAGAUGGCAAGGGAAUUCAAUAAGAAGAAUAUUGUGUUAGAGGAUGAAUUGAAGAAGAACAAAGAUGAAAUUGUGGCGGUUCCCAAUCCAAAGUCGCAACAAUCUUUGAGCUCAUCGGCUAAGCAAAGAACUGUUCCAUCUACUCGAAUAGGCAGAAUGAUGUCAUUCGGUAAUUUAGCCGCAGGCUUGGGUAUCGGAACUUUGGCCGAGUACACGAAACGAACUCUGGGUUUAAAAGAAGACGAUAGCAAUAUUUUCAUGAACAAGGCAAAUAUGGAGAGGAUCGUGGAUACUCUGUGUAAAGUUCGUGGAGCCGCUCUGAAAAUUGGCCAGAUACUUUCAAUACAGGAUGAUUCUAUUGUCAAUCCCGAAUUGGCUAAAGCGUUGGAACGCGUUCGAAAAUCCGCUGAUUUCAUGCCGACCUGGCAAUUGGUCAAAGUCUUAGAGAACGAUUUGGGCGCGAAUUGGAGGAAAAAGUUUUCGGAAUUUAACGAAACGCCUUUUGCUGCUGCCUCAAUUGGUCAAGUGCAUUGGGGUAAAACGCAUGACGGCACUGAAGUCGCUGUGAAAAUUCAAUAUCCCGGCGUUGCGAAAGGAAUUGAAAGCGAUAUAGACAACUUAAUUGGUAUCAUGAAAGUCUGGAAUAUAUUUCCCCCCGGUAUGUUCGUCGACAAUGUGGUUAUUGUUGCAAAGCGUGAAUUAGCCUGGGAAGUUGAUUAUCUCAGAGAAGCUGAUUGCACUAGGAAAUUUAGGGAUCUAUUGAAACCAUACCCUGAUUAUUAUGUACCAGAAGUGCAAGAUACGCUAUCUGCGAAACAAGUUUUUACUACAGAAUUAAUUGAAGGCUUACCAGUUGAUCAGUGUAUAGAUUUACCAUUGGCUGAUCGGAAAUUUAUUGGUGCUAAAGUCUUGGAAUUGGUUCUAAGGGAGGUGAUGGAAUUUCAGUAUAUGCAAACUGAUCCGAAUUGGGCCAACUUCUUUUACAACCCAAAAACUAAAAAGGUUCUGCUGUUGGAUUUUGGAGCGAGCAGGGCUUAUACUAAAAAAUUCACCGAUCAUUACGUGAGGAUUAUUAAAGCCGCCUCUGAAGGCGAUCGCAACACGAUUUUGACUUACUCUAGGGAACUUGGAUUUUUCACUGGAUAUGAAAGCAAAAUUAUGGAAGAAGCACAUGUGGAUGCGGUGAUGAUACUUGGCGAAGUUUUUCGUAAAAAUGAAGAAUUUGACUUCUCGUGUCAAAACACAACGGAGAGACUCCAACAGUUGGUUCCGACUAUGUUGGCUCAUCGUCUUUGUCCGCCGCCCGAAGAAAUCUACUCCUUACAUAGAAAGAUUUCCGGUGUUUUCUUGCUUUGUGCUAAGUUGAAGGCGACGGUUCCGGCAAGGAAAAUAUUUUUAAACUUAUAUGAAAAUUAUCAUUUCGAUUACUAAUGAAUGCACCACGUAACGAACUAAUAAAAUGCAUAUUUAUUAAUA